GCAUACGUGAAGGCGGCGCUGACAUUCUUUCCUAGAAGAAGGAAUGCAAAGUGACUCUGAAUAUGUGGUUUUCUUUAUUAAGAAAUUGAUAACAAAAGAUAUAGUUAGAAAAAUAUUACCAGUCGUUAUAAUUUUAAUAUUAACGUUAAUAUUUAACCAAACUAUAUAAUCCCUGAUGCAGGCAUACCGAUGUUUUUAAUGUCGUGAAUAGGCUUAACGUUCAGACUUUUUGCUUAGUUUUUUUUAGAUUUAGGCCUAGCACCAGAAGUUGUAAUAUCACAGUAUACAUAUAUAUAUUUGACCAUCAGUUAAUUAGAACGUUAGAGACCGAUUUCAGUCGAUUGUUUAAACUUGGUUCAUGGAUUGUUUGUUUGUUAUAAUGUAGUCUGAGCGUUUUAACAUCAACUUGAUCAAGUGUUUGUGUUAUUACCUGCAGUGCUUGUUCUUCAAAUUUCAGAAACUGAAAUUUUGAACUAUAAGUUAACAAUAACAGCGUAAGUUACAAUGUUGCAUUGCUACUGAAUGAUUGUUUUUAAAACUAACUGUUUGGAGGGGAUUGUAAUUUGGAGCUGUAUUAGUUUAACAAGCUUCAUUUUGUUUUUUUAGAACUUGUACAUUGUAUUAAAGUUUUACUGAAAAUUCGAAAUACCAUCAACAUUGUUAAUAAAAAACAAAGCUAGCAGUUAUACAGAUAUUAACUUUUUUAUAGAAUUCGAACUGUCUUACUCCUUAAAAUUGGUCAUUUUUAUUUUUCCAAUAAGGAAGAAAAAAGAACAUGAAAUUUAAAGCUUAGUGAUGAGUUUUUGAUAGUGUGACACCAUUAAUUUGACAUUGCUUUAUUGCUACAUACAACAUAGCAUCAGUGGUUGUCAAGUUAAAAAAAAAUGGGAAAGUGCUGUGGGAAAGCCAACACGAAGUUUCUUCCUGCAACUUGUGCCUGGAUUCUUUUAUUAUCAGCAACAACCCUAUUUUUCACCUUUCCGUGUCCAUAUUUGACAUUUCAUUACCAUGUUGCUAUCCCCAUUGUUCAGGGUGUCGUCACUUUUUUUGUUCUGACAAAUUUUUCAUUGGCAACCUUUAUGGAUCCUGGAAUCAUUCCAAAAGCAAAUCCAGAUGGAGAUAAAGAAGAGGACUUCCGUCAACCAUUAUAUAAGAAUGUGGAAAUAAAAGGUGUAACAGUAAGAAUGAAAUGGUGUAUGACCUGUCAGUUUUAUCGUCCACCAAGAUGUUCACAUUGUAGUGUAUGUAACAGUUGUAUAGAGAUUUUUGACCAUCAUUGCCCUUGGGUCAACAACUGUAUAGGGAAAAGAAAUUAUCGAUACUUCUUCCUUUUUCUACUUUUUCUCAGUGUCCACAUCAUUUCCAUCCUUUCCAUGUGCAUUAUUUUCAUCCUAGAUCAUAAAGAUCAGUUGACUGAUCCUGCAUCCAUUGUCACAUUUGUUGUUAUUGGAAUAAUUUUCCUGGUGUUCAUCCCCAUUUUGGGUUUAACAGGAUUUCAUUUUGUGCUAGUAUCCCGUGGAAGGACUACUAAUGAACAGGUAACAGGAAAAUUCCGAGGAGGUUACAAUCCUUUUUCCCGAGGUUGUUGCAGUAACAUCUGUGUUGCACUGUUUGGUCCUCAAUAUCCUAAAUAUAGAAGUCCCAACAAGAAAGCAACUUACAUAUCUGCACCAGCUAGAUCAGUAUCAGGAGGAGUGUCAGAAAAUCAAGUGAAAAUUUAUAUUGGAAACAAUACAGGUGUUCCACGCCAUCCAAAUACAAAUGCCUAUAACAAGGUGAGGGUUUUGAUUUAAUGAUGAUAUCUUUAU